GUAUGACCCUGAGUUCACUGAGAACCACACACUGGAGGCCCAGUCCGACUGGACGAAGAGUCUGGUUCAUGCAUUCCUGCGUGGACCUUGGCCGUUUAACCCCGAUAGCCAGCGAGAGUUGCACCAACUGCAUCUGAACGUCGAGAGGAUCAGGGUACCUGAGGUAGUGUUCCAGCCGUCAAUAGCGGGCGUCGACCAGGCAGGAAUCAUCGAGAUUGCCGCCGACAUUCUGAACCAGCGCUUUUCAGCUGAGGAGGAUCGUGCGCGUUUGCUGCGGGACGUGUUCCUGACCGGUGGUCACACGCUUUUCCAGGGAUUUGAUGACAGAGUGAGAAACGAACUGCGGUGCAUCCUUCCUAUCGAGGCACAGCUGUCUGUGCGGCGCGCUGCUGACCCUGUCCUGGACGCAUGGAAGGGGGCCGCUCAAUGGGCGUCGGGACCAGAUCUGGCUACAGCUUCCAUAACCCGGCAGGACUUCCUCGAGAAGGGAAGCGAAUACCUCAAGGAACACGACCUCGGGAACGUUACAAGCGUCUAA